UUUUUGUUGAAUGUCAAUGUGCAUCAUCGUAUGGCGACAUAGUUCCUCACACAUGUGUUGCACGUGAAUGCUGUUGGAAGAUGGAGAAUGGAAGAGGAGCGUGGGUGUGUGUGUUUAUAUAUAUAUAUAUAUAUAUAUAGCUAUAUUAUCUGGAAAAUAAUGUAGUAGUGUAAUAUGUAGACUGUAUUAAGAAAUAUUAUCUGGAAAAUAGCUAUUAGAUCUCGUGAAUCUAAUUAUCUAAAUUUUGGACUCUGGAUUCUCUCUCUCUCUCUCCCCCUCCCUCCCUCUCCCUCACAAAUGGAAAAUCCCCAAAACAAGAAACUAGAUUUGACUCUGGAUCUGCCUUUAUAUGGAAGCAUAAAUGCAUCCAAUAAGUCUCUAAUAUGGGACUGUGAAAGCUCCCUCUAUGACUCAUUUGAGUUGAAAUCUAUAGAGCGCCAACUCCACUCGGCCUUGACUUCAAGAACACUCUCCUUGCCUCAUUUAUUGCAACCUCAACGCAUGUCCCCAAAAAAGUGUAAUUCUAAAAUCGCUAGAUCUUUCCAGAAGCUUCUUAAAUUCGUCUUCAGACACAAGGAAAACAACAAUCAUCAUCUUCCGGAGGUCCUCGAAUCAGAGUCGAAUUUAGAAGGUACAAAAAGAAUAAAGAAGUCACGUGCAAUUCAAUAAGUAUUGAAGGAAGCGACAUCAAAGGACUGAUUUGAAUAGACAAAAGAGGAUAGAAGGAAACAUCAAUUCUCCAGCACAUGUGUUGCACGUGAAUGGCGAA